UUUAGCAUUGCAAUUUUGAAGCCUACAGCAAAAUAAGUUGGUCGAAAUCUCAGCUGGUUGAAAUGUUAGCAGAACAAGACACCACGCAAUGCUUUAGGAAAGUAUCAUGGCUCUUUACUGGAAAACGUUUCAAGGAUAGUUCAUGGUCAUGAAUCGUGUGUGUUUCAGCAGCGGUUUGCCAUGCUGUUAAUCUUGGUAUGGUACUUAGCUUUGGUGUUCUGUUCCCGACUUUGAUGGACUACUUUGACGAGACCAGAGAGAGAACAGCUUUUGUCGGCUCAAUCGGUCUGGGCAUGGUAUGGUUUGCAAGUCCGCUGGCAGGCUAUCUGUGUGAUCGCUUUGGAUGGCGUAUCACAUGUUUCUUGGGAGGCACGCUAUGCAUUGCGGGUCUGGUGUCGACAUCAUUCGUCCAGAGCUUCACAGUGAUGUACUUCACGUACAGCGCCUUGUACGGUUUAGGAACUUGCUUCAUAUGCAAUUCUUGUUUUCUUGCAAUUGCUAAGUAUUUUACAGACAAGUUGUCUGUAGCUACUGGCAUCGUUUCAUUGGGCGCGGGUGUAGGGGUCCUCUACACCGGACCUUUGCUUCAAGUCCUCUUAGACUCGUUUGAAUGGAGGAACACUUUUAGAAUAAUGGCAGCAACUUACGUCCUUGUUUGCAUUUUGAGUCUGAGUUUUAAUCCAUACGUAGAAGAAAUAGCAACAGUGGAGAACUUAAGCAUUGAAAGGAACAACAAAGACGAAGAAAGAGACGACAAGUCAGGCAUCUCUCUUUACUGCAGUGUGUGGAGCUUUCCUGCUUACACUGUUAUUGUAACGUCGUUCACGAUUGCCAAUUUUGGGAUGUAUAUUCCUUACAUCAAUCUGGUAUGUUUAAAAUACCUUGUUAUUGCAAGGUGGGACGAGUUGGAAAUAACACGUAAAAUACCCAGAGGUUCAAAUGCUCCGUAUAUGGGUCUUUAGUAGAUAUCUAUUAGCGUUCCGUCACGAAUGGCGUUCUCUGAUUGGCUACGCUAGUCACUGACUAUUCUGUUGUAGACAGCAAGUAGCUGAGGAGGGCACGGUUGUUGACAGAGUGGCCGCUGCUUCUUUGCGUUUUCGAAGUGCCUUUGAAGAGAAUUUAGAUAAAGUUUUGAACGACUAGUAGAUUUACA